UGCAGCAAGAGCAGGGUGCUACUCGAGUUUGUAGAAGGACACGAACGCCAGGAAACUGACACCAAGAAGUGGCGGAACCACAGCGUGAGCGUAGCUAACAUGACCGGACAGGUUUUGUUGGCGCACUCAAGUACCUCCAUGAUAUGGUUGUAUGACACAGUUGACAACAAGACCGAGAUGUUGGAUUCUCUGUCCACGAUGAUGUCACAUGGUUUCAAGAGCAGUAAGCAGGACUUCACCUUUGGACCAUGGAAAGUGACUGCUGCCAAAAACCACAUAAUGAAAUCCAAAGACUUUGAACGGUUAGCAGAAGAGAUGAGCAUGCCCUCCCUUCCAGAGAUGCUGUUUGGGGACAAUGUCCUGCGCAUCCAACACACAGAUGGCUAUGGCAUUGAAUUUAAUGCCAUCGAUGCCCUUAAGAGAGUAAACAACAUGGAGGAUGCCGUCAAGGUGGCGUGUGCUCAGGAAUGGCAGGAGAGCAGAGCUGAUUCCGAACACUCCAAAGAGGUGGUGAGACCUUACGACUGGACGUACACCACAGACUACAGAGGCACUCUGAUAGGAGAAGGUAUGCAGAUAAAGGUGACUGAGACAGCAGAACGUAUCGACAUGGAGAAGCUGAAGGCUCGGGAACAGAUCAUGUUCUUUGAUGAAGUGUUGCUGUUCGAGGACGAGCUGCAUGACCAUGGAGUCUCAAUGAUCAGUGUCAAAAUUAGGGUGAUGCCCACCAGUUUCUUCCUUUUGCUGCGCUUCUUCUUACGAGUGGAUGGAGUGCUGAUUAGAAUAAAUGACACACGACUGUAUCACGAGGCUGGAAAGAAUUACAUGCUACGAGAGUUCAGCACAAGGGAAAGCAAAGUAGCAGAACUGAAGAAUGUUCCUGCUGCACUAUACACUGAUCCUAAUGAAAUCGCCCAGCACUUAACCCUGAAGCUGACAGUGUGUGAGAAGCUGGAGCUUCCUAUGAUACAGCCUCAGACAGCUGUUAAUGAAGUCCUUCAGUGACCAUUAUACUAUAAGGUCCACAUUGAUGUGUUGCCUGAUGAAAAACAAGAAUAGUAGUCUUAAACCACAUCCUUAUUCUUAAAUUAACAUAACCAUUGAUCUCCCCUUCAAAUAUCUUAGGAAUAGUUUUUACAGGAAUAGUUUUUAUAUGUGACUACUAUGAUGGUGUGUUCUUAAAUCUGCAACCUGAAUUUUGACAGUUUCAGUAUGUUCCCAGCGCAUCUUGAUGCUCUGUAGUAUAGAAUCUUUUAAGCCAGUUAAACACUUUGGUCUAGCUUCUGGCUUUGUUCAUAUUUGACCUGAUUUUGCUUUAUGAGACAUCUUUCACUGUCAACUUGAUAGGCAUUUUGACAUACUGUAAGGCUUGGUGGGAUUGUUGUUUCCAUGGUUGUAAUAUUAGUAUAUCGAUAAUGUAUUUGUAAAAACUAAACAAAAAAGCCAAAGUCUUCAAGAAUUUCUGUAAAUAUGGAAACUGUAUUUUCUACAGUGACUAAUAGAAGGUGAAAAAGCUUGUUUUCCACUUAUAAGUCAAACACCUUCAGAAUCUAUGUGAAUGUCUAUCAUAUUGCCAAAUAAAUUUUGU